GUUCGAGUAAUAGAAUUCUUUUUAGAAUUUGCGCCUCGUACGCUGUAUGAGUUCAAGUCCAGAGGUCAGAGCCCUCCCUGUUCUGUUCUUCAUCACAACUUGCUUCAGCCUUCUGCAAUCGCAAACUUCAGUCUCCACUCUUCACGGGGCAGAAGCAGCCUGCCUUACUUACUACCUGUGCGCUAUAGCCCGCAGCUCCGCGCCUCCGCAGACCGCAGCCGUAAUGAGCCAGCAGCUCCGCCGCCUCAAGAUUUCAGUCAGUAGCUCCGGCGACCGUCGUCUACUCGUGAAUCGUCAGUUGUGAAGCAGAAACUCCUCAGGUUGCACCUUAGCUUCUUUUCAGACGGCAGAGUGCAGAUCACUGGCAGCUGGUGUCUUUGCUAUACUAUAUGACCAUGGACCACCGGUGAGACUGAGGAGACCACUGGAAGCCUGGAAACCUUUGCAAAUCUGGAUUGACUGGAUGCAGCCACACAGGGUUGAAGUUAUAUGUGAUGGGAUUGAGGAUUGUGAGCUUUGUGCAAAACUUAUGGCCUUUCUCAAUAUUCAAACAUGAUGACUUGAGGAUUUCGGAAGGGUUGGUUAGGAAAUUAUCAAUACCUGAUUGCACAAAACAGUUUGUUUAUGCGAUUCCCGAGCCAGAAUCGGAUGCUGUUAUAUAUGUAGUGUGUGUUCAGAACUUAUCCGAGCAGUCAGCUAUGGAUGCCCAGUGUCUCAUUAGGGAAAUUAGGCCGGAUGCUGUGGUGGUCCAAGUGGAUAAUAUGACAAAUGAGCCCCAUAGGGAUGAAAGUGGAAGUGAAAAUGAUAAGGGUUUUAUGAAGUUUAUAUUUGCUGGUGAGAAUGAUGAGGAUUGUGAGGAGAAUGCAGUUCCAACUUCGGCAAUUGAGGUGCUGAAGAGGUGCUUUAUGCACAAGAUUAAUAAGGAGAAGUAUGAGAAUGUGGCAGGGAAUUUGGUAUUGAGAGAGAUUUUCGGUGUUGGUUUUGAUGGAUAUUUCUUGGCAGCAAAGAAAGCAGCAGAAGACGUUGGUUCUACUCUUUUGUUACUUGAUUCUCCUCUUGUGAAAUGCAAUGAGGAAAAUGAGUGUUCUUCAGUGGGAAACGAAGGGUAUCACAAUGGGUUUGGAGUUCUUGGUUUGAAGCCUUUUAAUAAUAUGUUUCCACAAAGGACACCGCAAAUUAUAAUGCCAGUGAAUUGGCAGGGAUUUUUUCUUACAAAUGAUAUCCAGACUCGGAUGGUUAAGCUAUUGUCAUCACAUUUGGUUAAUUUGACUUCGGUUGCAAACGAGUCCGAGAAUAUUCAUCCACAGAUACAAUAUGAAGCCCCACAGUUUGCACAAUCCGUGUAUCCUUUACUAGCUGAUUUGCACGACAUUUUUGUCGAUAUUCCAUCAAUAGGAAGAGCUCUAGCUUCUUCUCAGAAACUGUUGAAUGGUGUAAGUAGAGGAGAAAUGGUCAAUGCGGAACUCCUUUCCGAAGUUUAUAUAUUCCGAAUUGCAGUUGAGGUGUUGAGAAUUGCCUUGAAUAAUGCUGGCCGGCUUCCUAUUAGCAAAAUCGGGAAUGCAAAUGAUGGGUUUUCUGAGCUUUCUAUUGACGAGAAGUCACACGCACUUGUUGCCCAGGCUCUCCGAAGCCAGACAAAGAAGUUCAAGUCGAUUGUCGCAGUAGUAGAUGCAAGUAGUUUGGCUGGGAUAAGGAAACACUGGAAUACCCGUAUUCCUAUGGAUAUUAAAGAUAUCGUCGAACAUCUUGUCACCAACCGGGAUAGUGGCGAAACUUCAAACACCGACAGAAAAAGCUUAUUAUCCGGCAAACCAGUCGUAGCAGUCGGGGCAGGUGCAACAGCAGCGAUAGGCGCUUCAUCCCUCUCCAAAGUCGUUCCAUUAUCCACGAUUAUGAAGGUAGUUACCUUUAAACUCCCCGCCUCCUUAAAACUCAUGAUGACUCAGACCCAAAAGGCUGCAGCUAUUCUGCUCGGCAAGUCCCCGGGAAUGGCAAGUUCCGGUCUGAAAUCAUCAUCCGUUCUCAAGGCAGCUGCUUCGACUGAGAAAAUUCGCGCUGUGGCUCAUAGCAUUAUAGCCUCAGCCGAGAAAACCAGUUUAUCAGCUAUGAGAAGCGCAUUCUAUGAAAUUAUGAGGAAACGACACAUCCGACGAAUUGGAUAUUUGCCAUGGGCAACAUUUGGGUGCAGUAUCGCUACCUGCACGGGCUUACUUGUGUAUGGAGAUGGAAUCGAGUGUGCUGUUGAAUCAUUUCCUGCAGCUCCUUCAAUUGCCAGAUUGGGUCGGGGAAUUCAAAGGUUGCAUGAGGCAUCUCAGGCAGUGAGGCAAAGUGAGAAAGCUUAUUCAUUAGAGUCCCUUUUGUACAGAUUUAACAAGAUAAAGGUUCAAUAAGAGGUUUUGGUUGCUUUCUAUAUGUUCACUCAAAACUGAUAUUCAACUACUGUUAAGUAAAUAUGAUUGAGUAUACAGGUUUUCCAUUUUAUGGUUGUUGAA